AUUUUUUCUGUAUCCAGAUACAGAUCACCUAACAAAUAAUAUUAAUCCUGCAAUUACAAGAAAAAUUUCUCAUCUGUGUCUCGAAUUUAUCGAAGUAUGACAAUGGUUCAGUUCAGUCCUCUGCUUGCCCUAAUCUUCUUCUCAUCUUUUUUGAUUAUUAUACCUUUUACUUUUGCCAAAUCCGCUGACGUUCACUACUGCAAUAAGAAAGCCAACUAUCCUGUUAAGGUUAGUGGACUUGAAAUAAAUCCUUAUCCAAUCUCCAGAGGCAAAAACACCACCUUCAGCAUUGCUGCAUCUACAGAGGAACCAAUCUCUGGUGGGAAGCUGACUGUUGAUGUUACCUACUUUAUAUUUCACGUCUACAGUGAGGACCACAAUCUUUGCUCGGAGACAUCCUGCCCGGUUUCUGAAGGGGAAUUUGUGGUUUCUCAUUCCCAAGUGUUGCCUGGAAUUACACCUCCUGGUUCAUACACACUUAAAAUGACGAUGGUGGACGCAAACAAGAAGCAAUUGACUUGCAUUACUUUUGACUUCAGCAUCGGAUUUGUAGCACCAGAAAGCUUAGCUGAUGCCUGAUAUUCAAGUGCUCGAGGAUUUGCUCAUCUUUAUGGCCAUUCCAAUCUUUACAUACGUAUAGAGAAAGUUUGUACUUUGAAUGUUCUUUAUCUCGUAUAUCUUUCUAUUUCACUGGUUUUACGCAAUGUCUGAUGAGAUUUAAGACUCGUGUACCUCUUAUUACUUUAAACUUUUGAGGUUGUCAUUAUAUUUUCUUCGCACCAAGUUCAUUCACAGUCCGGUUGUGCAGCCCUCUUAUUCUCAA